GGGUCUCGCUUUUUGCAAACUGAGUUUUCCACCUGGGAAAAAAAUGAGAAUGCUCUCAAGUUUUACCUUACCUGUCGUUGACUAAGAGUGAGUACCCCCAUGUUCAUUUCUGUGGGGCCUAAUGCGUGACAGGUACCUGAUUGGCUGUGAGACAAUUCUUGGGCAGCUUCACAAUAAGCGAUCAGAAGUGUGUGACAAGGUUGGGGGCUUUUGUGCAAUUGAAAUUUCUGACUUGCGGCAGCUGGCCCCUCUCUGGCUCUCCAAGACAACAGAGGUUCGUGCUGACAAGGAACACUAUGCCCCCAACAUUACAGGGGAUAUCUAUGGAGAAGGAUGGAUUUCUGAGAUGUAUGGCUAUGUCUUUGCGGCAGCUGAGGCUGGCCUACAACACACAGUGGAUGAAUAUGUGAUGCUGUAUCCAGGCUAUGUACCAGCACCAGGAAUUGAACCUAAGAUAUUGCACUAUGGACUGGAGUUCUCAAUUGGCAAUUGGUCAUUUGGAAAGCUGCAGCACUACGACAACGACGUAGCCUACAGCUGCAAUGGAUAUUUUGAUGCUCCCCCUUGUCCAGAGACGAUCGAUGACAUCGAUCCGGAUCAACGAAGAGCUGAUCUGCUGAAGAUCGAAUGCGUCGACACAAUCAACGAAGGACUUGCUAUUGUUCACAGGCAGAGGGGAUGUGGACUUCCAGAUGAAACGCUGCCGAGGGAUCCUCCUACAAAGCUUUUCCUUGAAGAAGAUACACAGGAGGAGAAAUCCAAACUCCCAAACGCAGGCGAGAACACUUUGUCGAAUUUAGUCGUCGACAGAAAGGUGCCUGUCCCACGGAUUCGAGAAGUGGUGACCAGCAAGACAGAGAUGAUGCUGAGUGCGGAUGAGAGUAAGGGGAGUGGGAGUGAGCGUAGGAGUAAGAAUGGAAAUGGGGGGGGCAUGACGGCUUCCAUAGCCGCAGAAGAAGCAGGUAGUAGGAGUGAUCUUGAGGAGAAUGAACACCUUCGAGCACAGCAAAAGGUAGAGAACAAGUCAUUCAGACCCAAAAAAGGAGAUGAAGCUAGGAGCUGGAGGCAGAAUUGGCACAGUCCACAGGUGAGUGGAGCACCAGCUGCAGAGGGAGAAAAUAGAAUGGACGUCCUUGAUGAGGGUGUCGGAUUCCAAGCACAGCAAAAGAUCAACACAUCGAGGAGGGGGCAUUGGAGUGAGAGUGGUAUUAGGCAAAGAAAGGUUGUUCCACACAUGGGUGCUGAACAUGCUGUGGGUGAAGCAAACCAAAUGGGGGACCUUCUUGAAACCAGGGGGGAUAGAUUACGAGUUCACCAAGGGGGGGCGCAGAGCACGACAGAGUGGGGAGCUGAACGGCACAACUGGAGCGGGAGUGGGAACAAGCAAGGUUUUGAGGUGGACAGACCGUUUGGGGGAGGCGUAAGUAGAACGCAUCUAGCAGGAGGAAGUGACAUGGGUAGUACUGGAUCAAGUGCCAUGGACGUCGGAGCAACCGGAAUAAACCGCGUGGUGCAGAGAACGGACGUAGCCGGAAUGAAAUCCCAGAUAACAGAGGGGGUUGUGGAUGUGGGGGAUGGGCUGGAUUUUUUUGCUUCCAAAAAAUGGAGAAGUGGAAGUAAGGGGUCUCCUUGUAGUGCAACCCAUGAAAGGAGAAACAGAGGAGAACCUUCCUUUCAAGUUGAUGGGGACGAAAGGGUUUCUGCUGACACCUCUGCAGGCGACUUGGGUUCCAAUCACCAUACAGCUGGGACCUCACAACCUGGUCACAUAUCAUCAUCAGCAAAUGCCACCUCGCACGAGCAGAGGGGGGAGAAACAGCUCACUGGCACAGCGCCCCUAACCGGAGCAUUCCCAUUGUCCAUCCUUGGAACAAGUCAAAAGUCCGGGAGUAAAAACACCAGUCAUACCGCACUUCAUAGUGCCCUUCGCAAUCAUUCAUGGACAGCUGGAGCACAUUUCAGCCCGUUGACCCCACACGGUAGAGAGCUACAAGAGCUCCAGCAAGUCGAAAGGAUCCACGCUCGGUUAGAGAGGGAACUGAAGCAAGCUACCGACAGAGAAAAAGAGAUCAAAAAUAGAACAGCCAGGCUUGAUACGUUAGAGGCAGACAAAGCUGCAUUAGAGGGUUUGGAUAAGUCAGCCAUGUCUGACCAAAUGAAAAUAUUGAAGAACAGUGUACUGUCGUUGCAUGCGCAUGUGGACAGCAGACUGGACUUCAUGCAGAACUCUUUGGACCAGAUCUUGGACCUUUUGCAAAGGCCAGGAUUUAGGCCAGCAGCACAGUCGCCGUUGCCGUUAACGACGAUGUCAGGCCCCUUUCAGGUACAAGCUGGCACACAACCAAGUGGUACGUCUGCAGCAGCCGCACAGACUGUUGCUUCUUCUUCUACUGGGUCGGUGGUGAUAGCUACACCAUCACCGCAACAACCUGUUCCUCAACAGGAACAGCAACAAGGUCAAUGGUACCCAAAGACCCCUAUGAAACCGCCCCUUGCCUUCUCUGGAGAGAAGAAGGACGAGGAACUCAACACAUGGUUGAGAACGGUUCCAGUGUGGGUAAGGGCAAAGAGGACUAUGCAGGAGGAGGAGGUGAUUACUAUUGCAUCUUACCUUGAGGGUAAGGCAGCCAAAUGGCUGGAUGGAUUAGUAGCAAAGGCCGGGUACGGACGACGCAUGGCGGACUGGGCUAAGACCCUAACGUUAGAAGAGUUCUUAGACAUGGUAGAAGCUCGCUGGCAUAAUCCACAGCAGGCACAAAUUGCCGCUGAUGCGAUGCUCAUACUAGACCAACGAAAGUUCAAGUCAGUCAGAGAGCUAACGUCUACCGUAGAGAGCCUCAUCGUCGUUCCCGGCAUACGCUACGAUGACCAGGUCUUAUUGACCAUGUUYGUGAGAURUCUCCCAGAGAAUCUSARAMAUUUGCUGGCCAGCGAGRCUCRCCUYGAGUWUCAUUCGUUUGAGACCUUAUCUAGAAAAGCCUUAGACUUAGAGGCUACUCUAGGAAGUGCUCAACCUACUCCAGUAGAUGCGAGGAAGAAGAAGAGUCCACAGGAGUGGAAGAAGAAGGGGAGUCGAUUGAUGAUGGUUGAGUCUGAUGGGACCCAAACUGAGAUCGAGGAGCUUUCAGACCUGUUGGACAGCACAGAGWACGACGRCGAGGAAACCGCUGAGGGUAGCACCCUCGCCGCAGUAGUAAAGASUAAGGCAGGUGGCCGAGGGAAGGGCCAUCAAAAGRGKSAAGGGCAGGCCGCCUCCAACCASACSAAAGUUGCUKAUUGGGUCAAGGCAGGUCUUGAUCAAGAAGUGUGGCGGGACCGUAGAGUGCGUGGUGCUUGCAUCAACUGUGUCUGUACUUUCUCCUAUGGAGGAGGGGGACUUGAUCAUAAGAUUUCGUUCCUGGUUAGCGACGACUUACCAUUUGACAUGUUGUUAGGAAUGUACUACCUUGAGGUUGCCAAACCCCAGUUUGACUGGGAUAAGAAGGUGCUAAAGCAUAAGUUGCCUGAUGGAAGAAUAGUGAGACUGACUAAGUUCAUAGCCAGUAGUAUAAUCGAUACCUAUGGCUGCUUGUGUGCAUCAGCGUUCUACAACUACUCUAAACAGAACCAAGAGGAGGGUAUGUACCUAGUGUAUGUCUCCGAGAAAGGGGAGGCCGUUAAAACACCCCUAGAGAUAGAACACGUCGUUGCUAAGUUCCCUGAUCUGUUCACAGAGCCCACAGGAGUCGUCGAUAGGGAGGGUGUCCACGCCAUAGAAAUCAUUCCUGGGAGUAAAACCCCAAAGGGAAGGAUCUAUAGGAUGGCUCCGCCCGAGUUGGAUGAACUGCGGCGACAACUAAAAGAGCUGACAGAAAAGGGAUGGAUCCGGCCGAGUACUUCCCCCUUCGGAUCUCAAGUGCUAUUUGUACCGAAGAAGGGGGGUACAUUGAGGAUGUGCAUUGAUUACAGAGGCCUCAAUGCCAUCACAGUGAAGAACGCAGAGCCUCUACCUCGCAUAGACGACCUAUUGGAUAGGGUGCAGGGAUUCGCCUCUCCUUUGACUGAUCUAACUCGACUUGACACGCCAUGGGAUUGGAGUGAUGAUUGCGAAGCUGCUUUCAAACGAUUGAAGCAUGCACUCAUGAAUCAUGAGGUUCUCAUGGUGCCCGAUCCUCAGAAGCCAUUCAUCGUAACCACUGACGCAAGCCAAUACGGCAUUGGCGUAGUGCUGGCUCAGCAGGAUGGGAAGAAGUUGAGACCGAUUGAGUAUAUGAGCAAAAAGAUGCCAUCUAAGAAACUGGCAAAGUCCACCUAUGAAAGGGAACUCUAUGCUCUCUACAAAGCACUUGUCCAUUGGAGGCACUUUCUGUUGGGACGGUUUUUCUAUUUGAGAACUGACCAUCAGACCCUUAAAUGGAUCAAGACUCAACCGACUCUUUCUGAUGCACUCAAGCGCUGGAUUGAGGUCAUAGAUCAGUAUGACUUCAAGCUAGAGUAUCUGAAGGGAGAGUACAACAAGGUUGCAGAUGCGCUAUCACGUAGGGCAGACUACCUAGGGGCGCUAGCAAAAGACAAGGCCACAAAAGAUGAGUUUGUGAUGGUGGACGGACUUUUCUUUCUUGAUAAGGCCGGAUUUAAAAGGUUAGUUGUUCCAUCUAGUGAACGUUUGCGUAGUUUAUUCUUAGGAGAAUGUCAUGAUGCAACCGGACACUUUGGCUACAAAAAGACGAGUGCCAAUCUAGUACAGCGAUUUUGGUGGCCCGAAAUGCUAGAAGAUGCAAAGAAGUAUGUGGAGACCUCUCAGGUCUGUCAACGGGACAAACCGCGAACUCAAGCACCGCUUGGGUUGUUGAAGCCCUUACCUAUCCCCGCUGGUCCGGGACAGAGUGUUUCCAUGGACUUCAUGGACACCCUGGUGACCAGUAGGAAUGGCAAAAGGCACAUCUUUGUCAUCAUAGACCGAUUCACCAAGUACGCUAGACUAAUUGCCAUGCCAGAGACCGCAAGGACUGAACACGUGAUCAAGUUGUUUUUGGACAACUGGGUGCGUGAUUUUGGACUACCAAAGUCAAUCGUUAGUGACAGAGAUGUCCGCUUCACAAGUGAGCUGUGGAAGAAGACUGCUGAACAGAUGGGCAGUCAACUUCAUAUGACUUCAGGGAAUCAUCCCGAAGCCAACGGACAGGCCGAGCAGAUGAACAGAGUUGUACAACACCUGUCGAGGCAUUACAUCAAGCCCAGCCAGGAUGACUGGGAUGAGAAGUUGCCUCUCAUCGCCAGCCUGUACAACAACGCUGUACACAGCAGUACCGGCGUUAGUCCUAAUCAGCUGCACUUGGGAUGGAAGCCUAGAUCAACUCUGGACUUCCUCCUACCUGGAAACCGACCCUCUGCAACUCCGGGCACACUUGAGUAUGGUGUGCAAUAUGAGAAGUUGCUACAGCAAGCUGUCGAGCACAUCAGGAAAGCUCAGCAAGCAAUGAUUGCUUCUAAGAACAAACAUUGUCGACAGUCCUCAUUUCAGGUAGGGGAACGUGUCUGGGUCAAGGCUAGUGAGCUAGGACAGGAAUUCGGCGUCUCUCGAAAACUAAUGCCUCAGUAUUUUGGUCCCUGGGAAGUCCUGGACAUCGUUGGGGAUGAGAUGGAUGGUCCUAGGCUUACGUCGGCUAGGAGCAACAAGCUUGAGAGCGUCCUGCACUGGCUCAGCCAAGAAGGUGCAGACUGCACUUGGGUGGUCAUUUUGGAGGCCUAUACGAUCAUACAGCAACCGAUAAUUCCAUGGAAGCUUGGAGUCAGGAAAGGUCGCUCUGUUGGUGCAGCCUACCAGCCUUUGAGUGACUGUGAAAACAUGUCGACCAUUUUCACCGGAGCUACGGGUAGAGAUGGGCAUUCCAAAAAGAGAGACCUGUGCAAUGAUAUUGGAGGUGGACUGAUUGUUAUUCACAUAAAUGACCUCAAGGCCAUAGCCCCUCGGUGGGCUAUGAAGGCUGCCGCACUUCAGUACUAUGUGGCAUCACAUUGGCACAAGCAGAGCGUUUCUGCAGCAAUGCUUGAGCAACAAUCAAGAAUUGUGGAGGGAUUGACCUACAAGCUGGCCGCAGCUGAUGUUAACCUUCAGCACGUGAUCAGAUCUGACAUACUAGUUUAUCGAGGACAAGUUGCUCAGACAGGAUCACUACCUUUGGCGAUUCAUUGUGGGAGUGAUUCAUCAGCUGGAACGGGAAGCUGGAGUUUCACCAACGGCGCUUACGGCACGGUUGAUACGACACAUGUUUCGGAUCAACAAAUACCCGAGCGAAGACGUGUCCAAGCACCUGCCACUAACUCCUCUUACCGAAACCGAGAAGAUGGUGUGGCAGCAGUGUGUGCUGCCAUGCUAAAUGAAGGUCUUCGAGAAGUCUACAUGAGGAGCUGUUCUCCCGCAUCCUCGGCACAAGCAUCACUUGACGGUGGAGGUCUAUUGAAUGCCGGAGAAAGCAAUGGCCAGAGUCCAUCAACCAUAACAGCGGUGAUUACAACAUGUAACUUCAGCAAAAGGAAGACAGUGAGUAGAGCCAACGAGGUCAUGGGCAUAGGGAUGGAGAUCAAUACAACAAGCGAUGCCCAUGGCCAGGGAAGUGCACGUGCCAAUUCCGGUUCCAUACAGUCCAGCUCUUCAAGCCCCAUCAGCUAUGGCUUCAAUGUUAAUGCUGCAGGGGAUGACAAAACGCUAGCAAAAAGCAACAGUCAGAAAGGAGCGAGGGAGGUAGGAGAGGACAUGUCUUUUCCUGUUGAAACCAAUGAUGUCGUGUUAGGGUUGUCCUAUUCUGGAAAUGCCCAGAGUACCAAGAACCUCAACAGAAACAGUGGGAAAGAUUCUGUGGGGCAUCAUCAAUUGGAUCGGUCUACUCUGCAACGGGCAAGAAGAAAAGACAAAGGGAGCAUCGAAGCUUUGUUGCCAAGGGUGACAAGAAAAGAGAAAGAGAGUGUUUGGAUACUACGAAGAAGACGUCAGGGUGCAGCCGAUGAUGUGACACAUUUGGAUGUCGGAAACGAAGGUGGCAAUGGCCCCGGUAGACCCCUUAGACCCCCAGAUAGUAAGGGUAAGGCACUGCCAGGCCCCGAUUUCGUUGAUGGCAAUAUCAACGACACGGAGUCUUCAGCGUUGCAAAAUCCUGAAGUGGCAGCAUUUUUGUCCGACAACCUCUUCCAGGUCAGUCAUCCCAAUAGUGCGGUUCAAGGGGAUGCACACACUGAGGACCUGUGGACGAAGGGAGCGAGGUCAUUCACAGCCAAAGCUGGGAAAAACAUUCACGGCAGCGUUGCUCAUCUUGAUCGCGACGGGGUCACAACAGCAGGAGUAACAUCUUCCGGAAUCAGCACGCGUGACCAGCAGACCAGAGUGGCGAAUCCAGGGAAUCCGCCGUCAGGAAAAGAGAUCCAAGAAAUGGCCACUGGCAAAAUCCCAAUAAUGACAUCAGGUAACGCACAUUCGCGGAAAGAUAGUCGAGAGACAGUUAGAAGCCAAACAACUACAGCAGCAGGUGAUAAGCACGAAAAGGGGCUGAUGGGUAGCCUUGGCAAGGGCCCUGGAGAAAGAGGAAUGGGUAAUGUAGUUUCCGAUAAGGGCGUCACUACUGGGAAAGGUUCCAUGGAGAGGCACGGUGGCAGUGCGGCGCACGUGGAAGAUGCCUUUCCCUUCACAAGGGAUAAAACUGCGAAUGAGGACGUCCACACGUUGUAUGACAAAUCUAUAAGACGGAAGGCAGGCAGUCGGGAAAAUUUGGGUGAAUCCUCCGAUGAUAAAUCGUCCAGAACCCAGAUGAACGGUGUUGACAUCAUCGCAGUGCAGAAGUUGCUUGAUAAACAACAAGGAAGUACUCUGAACCAAGGGCCUUUCUUUGGUGAUGGACUUCACAGGUUGGGGAAAGGAUCAUCUCGGGGCCGAGAGUCCACGGCCUGGAGAAAUCAUGACUCCUACAUUCUUAGUAAAUCUUCCCAUGCAAGCAAGGUAGGCGGUGAUCAAGUGAGGUCAGCGCUUGAGUUGCUUCGUGAGGGCAGAACGGUUGGUCAGAUAGACGGCAGAAAGGAUGGGAGAUCUUCUCUGCCAGAGCAUGCAAAGGAAAAGGGAUCCCUACCGCGUGCAGCAUGGAACGGCUUGGACAAACCUCUCAUCAGAGAGGUUGGUGCAGAAGCUGAGGGAAUUGAUGCGCAAUUAUCACUCCUGCAAAUAGCUAGGAGGACAGAACCUGGAAGCACCAGACACUUUGACGUGACCAUGCGAGAUGCGAUUGGCAGGGAAAGCCGGCUGGAUCGUGACCAGCAUAACGGAAACGGAAACGGAAACGUCGAAGUUGGUUUCGGGGUGGUGAUGAAAAGACUCGAUAUAGACCCCACAAGGGUGAAGCAUGCGGCACUAGCAGACCAAUCAGAUACAAAAAGGUUGGAGGCACAACUCCUCCUCCCCAAAUGGAUGUUCUUGAUCCCCUGGACAGUACUAGUUGCUGCAUUCCUACUCCUUGUGGCAACUUUUCGUAUGCACACAGCACGCCGAGGAGAUUGCGGCACAGGCAGUGACAGGGUGAGGAGAUUCAACAGAAGGAGGGUGAAAAGGGCUGUUGUCCAGGUCAUGUAGACGUACCGAGACGAUGCUGAAAAACUUGGUUUACAAUUUUACAUGACAUAAUUUCCUUAAUCAGCAUGGAAAACAUUUAUAGCAUAGCACUG